AUGGCUGACGACUCAGAGUACACCGAAACCGACAUCUGGGCGUCCCCCCAGCAAACCCGCCAGCCGAAAACACCCAAGUCACCCAGGACCCCGCGCACGCCCGCCUCCGAAGGCCCCGAUCGCGAUGCCCUGCUGCGCAAGGAGCUCGAAGGCGUCCGAAAUGUCAACGAGGCUAUAGAGGGUCUCAUCGGCACCCUGGAACGAGCCGGCGGCAACAUGGAUGUUGUGACGCAGACUGUAAAUAAUGCAUCGACUCUCCUCAACACAUGGACCAGAAUCCUGUCCCAAACAGAACACAACCAGCGCCUGAUCCUCGACCCUAGAUGGAAAGGCACUACGGAAGACCUCGUCGAACAGGAAGCCGAAGCUCUCCAGCGACAGCAAGAGGCUGAGCGCAAGGCGCGCGAAGAAGAGCAGCGUCGCGAGGAAUUGCGCCGUCGCAGAGAGGAGGCAGAGACUAAACGCAGUCUGGCACCCGGCUCCAGACCCCUCCGCGGAACAGCAGGCGCGCGCAGGACGGCGUCUAGGGCCCGGGCAAGAGCGGGAUCGCGCAUUGGCGCUGGUUCCAGCUAUAUAUCCCAAAACACAUCGAGCUCCAGCAGUCGUGGGACCUCGGGAAUCGGCAGAGGUAUAGGGACUACGAGAGGUGCACGGUCACGAGGCGCAAGAUAG